UGCACUUUACCGAGAUGGACUUCGCCCUCAUUACCAGUCUUAAGAUUGGAGAUUUAACUGUACCGAAGAAUCAUUGCACUACGAGUACAUUAAGAGACAAAUACUUCAAAGAAUAUCCAGCAUUAAAGAAGCAACUAAUGGAGGUGUUUGAGAGAUUAGUUGACACCAAUGAGUAUGAGGACGUCAUGAAGGUUGCCCUACUUCUAGUUGUGGAGCACUUUCUUAGGGGAACCGAACCGAAAACCAUGUGCAACAUGGAUUAUAUUUACCUAGUUGACUCGCUAGAUGAUUUCUAUAGGUAUCCCUGGAGUAGUUUGGGAUACUAUACAAUGUCGCAAGGAAUCGAAUCUGCUGUUGCUGCAUCAAGUUCCCCUCGGUACACUGUAUGUGGUUGCGUCCUUCCUCUACAAGUAUGGGUAGUAGAGAUAUUACCGGCCUUACAAGACUGUGUUGUUUCGUACGUUCCGCAUCAAAUUGCACGCUUCAUUCAAUAUUGAGGCUGGAAGGGUUGGAGGUAUAACAGAAUACAUCCUAUUUUCGAGGGU